AUGCGGCGUGAGGAAGCUGAUAAGCGUGGUUUGAAACCAAGAAUGAAAGUGGUGGAUUGGGCUGUUGCAGGGUGUGAAGCAGCAAUAAUGGGCUUUGGACCCGCACCUGCGACUCGUCGUUUAAUGGAAAAACUCAACAUGGAUGUAAAGGAUGUUGAUCUUAUCGAACUAAAUGAGGCGUUUGCUGCACAAGCUAUUGCAGUCAUGAAUGAUUUAUCGUUAGACAGUACUCGAGUCAAUGUUAAUGGCGGUGCGAUAGCGUUAGGUCAUCCAGUUGGCGCAAGUGGAGCAAUUUUACCCGUUAAAUUAAUGUACGAAAUGGAACGCCGACAAGUGGCUACAGGCUUAGUUACGAUGUGUAUCGGUGGUGGUCAAGGGAUAUCAAUGUUGUUCGAAAAAGAAUAA